AUCGCUAUAGAAGGUUGCUGUCACAACCAAUUGGAGUUGAUUUAUAAAACUAUUGAUUACAUAGAAAAAGAAAAAAAUAUCAAUGUUGAUUUAUUAUUAAUAUGCGGAGAUGUUCAGACUGUACGAAAUAGGACAGAUUUAGAAUCUACCAGUAUGCCAGAUCAUUACAAAGAAAUGGGCACAUUUUAUAAAUAUUAUUCUGGUGAACUUAAGGCCCCAAUUCCAACAAUUUUUAUUGGUGGGAAUCAUGAAGCGAGCAACUAUCUGUGGGAAUUGUAUUAUGGUGGGUGGGUGUGUGAAAAUAUUUACUACCUCGGUUGUUCCGGUGUUGUGAAUUUUGGGGGACUUCGUAUAGGAGGACUUAGUGGAAUAUACAAACAAAGAGACUAUGGGCUGGGUCAUUUUGAAACGGUUCCAUAUACAGACGACACUAUUAGAUCUAUUUAUCAUGUAAGACGAUAUGAAAUGUUCAAACUUAACAUGAUUAAACAACCUAUAGAUAUAUUCCUUUCCCAUGAUUGGCCCGAAAAUAUAACAAGAUUUGGAGAUGAACAAAGACUUAAACGAAUAAAGCAAGGUCUUGCACCCGACAUUGAAAGGAUCAGGCUCGGAAAUCCAUAUAGUGAAUUGCUACUUUAUAAAUUAAAACCAAGGUACUGGUUUGCUGCGCAUCUUCACGUCAAAUUUGCUGCAUUGAUACCUCAUGAUGCUCCACAAACAGUAACGGCUCCAAAUUCAGAUGAGAUACCUAUUUCUCUUGAUGAAGCUGCUAUUAAUCAGAAUGAAGUAGAUGAUCCGGAUGAAUUACCUUCUUUCAUCGAUGACGUUGAUAAUAAAGAUGUUAUUGAGACCGACGAAAUACAAAUCAUUAACUCCGAGGAAAUAUCAAUUGCGAAUGAUACGACAGUGGAAUUGACACAAGACUUGGAAAACCUUAAAGAAUUUGUGGCUUCUGCAAUUUCUUCAAAUACCCAGACUUCAUAUACUCGUUUUUUAUCACUCGAUAAAUGCUUACCUGGUCGCGAAUUUUUACAGGUCUUGGAUUUUCCUGAAGCAAAUGGACCUCUGGAAUUAAGUUAUGACGAAGAGUGGUUGGCAAUAACAAAGGCUACGCAUCAAUUUUUUUCUGUGACACGUAAGCAGGUACCUUUACCAACAGAAAGUCAGAUGCAAAGCCAACUUGAUUCCUCUCAAGAAUGGGUCCACAAUAAUAUUUUACAAAGAGACUCUGGACUUUUUAUUCCAAAAAACUUUCUUGCUACAGCACCUGCACAUAAUUCCAGUAAUGAACAAGAUUAUGAUUUAAAUAUUCCAUUCUUAAAUCCACAAACCGUUACUUUUACUCAGAUGUUAGAGAUUGAAAAUAAAGUUAACCAAAAUGGUCAAAUUGUUCAAUGA